CAGGGUCUCGGGGGCGGAGAGGAGCACGGCGCUCGACAGCUGCAACUAUUUCGCUCUAUUUUUCUGCUAUGGCGUGGUGAUUGAGCCUUUCUGUGAGGCAGGGCGUUGGAUGAGGGUGAGAGAGAAUCUCUAGAGAAUGACGGAGGACAAGGAAAAUGUUCUCCAACCCCAAAGGAAGAACUCAGGAAAGGGAGCCAGGGCCCGGCGCCGUGGGAGUGUCCCGGCAGGAGCCGGCGGAGCCAAAGAGGGGGAGGGGGAGACAGGGAAACCUCGCCGUUUGGCAGGGAUUAGACCAAGAAUCUCCAUUGAAGAACUGAGAAAUGCAUACAAACGGCAAGCUUCCACACCUCAGGAGGAAAUAUUACCAAUGUUCGAUCCCAUGGCCAAGGCCCAGGAGAGCAAAGGAGUCACCCGUGGGAGGACUGGUCUGGUCUAUGAUGAACGCAUGGCCGAGCACCGAUGCCUGUGGGAUGCCAACUAUCCUGAAUGUCCUGAGAGACUGACACACACCCUGGAAAGAUGUCGUCAGCUGGGAUUAAUCGAGCGUUGUGAACCUAUAUUGCCAAGAACAGCGACUGAAGAUGAGAUCCUGAAAAGUCAUUCUCGGUCACAUCUCUACCUCUUGUGGAGUACGAAGGAUGAGAAGAACAAGGAAAAACUGGAAAACAUCUCUUCGCACUUUGACUCGAUAUAUAUUCAUCCAGAAACCUAUGAUCUUGCACUCUUGGCAGCUGGGAGCACCGUAGAUCUAGUAGAUGCAAUAAUGGCUGGAAAGAUUCAGAAUGGAAUGGCUCUUAUUAGACCUCCAGGACAUCAUGCAAUGAAGACAGAGUUUUGUGGAUAUUGUUUCUUUAACAACGUGGCCCUGGCAGCUCAGGUGGCCUUGGAGAAACACAAGCUGUCACGUAUUCUAAUUGUGGAUUGGGACGUUCACCAUGGCCAGGGUACUCAGCAGAUGUUCUAUGAGGAUCCAAGGGUCUUAUACUUCUCCAUCCAUCGCUAUGAAAAUGGCACCUUCUGGCCAGAGCUUCGGGAAAGUGACUACGACAAUGUUGGAGCUGGCCGAGGUCGGGGUUUCAACUUCAAUGUACCUCUAAACAAGACUCAGAUGAAAAAUGAGGAUUAUUUAGCAGUGCUUCAUCAAGUUCUCCUUCCUGUGGCAUAUGAGUUCAAUCCAGAGUUGGUCAUAGUGUCAGCAGGAUAUGAUGCAGCUGUUGGAUGUCCAGAGUUUGAUCCUGAGUUGGUUCUUGUUUCCUCUGGUUAUGAUGCUGCAGUAGGUGAUGAGAAGGGAGAAAUGGAGAUCACCCCUGCCUUUUAUGCUCACCUCACCUCUAGUCUCAUGGCACUGGCAAAUGGACGUGUAGCUGUUAUCUUUGAGGGUGGCUACUGUCUUGAGUCGCUAGCAGAAGGAGCUGCUCUGACACUUAGUGCCCUUCUGGGAGACCCUUGCCCAAAGCUUCUGGAUCCCAUUUUGAAACCCUCACUAAGCAUGUGUGAGUCUCUGCUCAACCUUAUCUAUGUCCAGAGGCCAUACUGGAAAUGUUUCCAGUACCAAGGGUCCUUCUCUGUCCACGAAAAGACUAAUGGGGACACAGGAGAGCGCCACAUCCCCACCCUCUCCUACCUCGGCAAUGCAACAAAGCCCCUUCAGUACGAAACCAGGAACUGCUAUCCAGUCCAGUCUGAGGAGGUCAAGGAAAAGAUCAGACUCCAGUUGGCCAGGCUGAAGCAAGACAAACCUCCUCAGAUGUUUGAGAAUAAUAGACUCUGCUUGGUGUAUGACGAGGCCAUGAGUAAUCACCAUAGUUUAUCAGAAAAAGAGCAUCCAGAAAGACCAGAAAGAACAGAGAGAAUAUGGAAAUCUCUGAAACAGUUUGGCAUCAUAGAAAGAGCAACUAUCUUGCAGUCACGAUAUGCUACACAGCAAGAGCUAGAGCUCAUUCACACACAGGAGCAUGUAAACCUAAUGACAAGCACAAGUGCGCUUAGUGAAAAGGAGCUGUUGAAUAUGCAGGAUAACUACAAGUCAAUAUACCUUCAUCCCAAGAGCAAUGAAGCUGCUCUUCUGGCCGCUGGGAGCCUCUUGCAGGUUAUAGAUGAUGUUUGUAAUAACAAAAGCUUAAGUGGAAUAGGAGUAAUUCGUCCUCCAGGCCACCAUGCAGAGCAGGAUCAUCCACAUGGCUUCUGUUUGUAUAACAAUGUGGCCAUUGCUGCUAAGUAUGCCAUUACCCACCAUGGUUGUGAAAGAGUGCUGAUCCUUGACUGGGAUGUUCACCAUGGUAAUGGUGUCCAGCAUGCAUUCGUGGCUGACCCAAAGGUCCUCUACAUUUCCAUCCACCGCUACGACCAUGGCCUCUUCUUCCCUUCUUCUGAAGAUGCCAAUUAUGACCAGGUUGGCUCCGGAGAGGGCGAGGGCUACACAGUCAAUAUUCCAUGGAAUAAGAGUGGUAUGGGAGACGCAGAGUACAUGUCAGCAAUGUUGCAGGUGGUAAUGCCGAUAGCAUACCAGUAUGACCCACAGUUAGUGCUUGUGUCAGCUGGGUUCGAUGCAGCUCGUGGUGACCCUCUUGGAGGUUGCCGUGUCACACCAGAAUGCUAUGGCCACAUGACCAGGCUCUUGUCAAGCUUAGCUGGGGGCCGCAUGGUCCUGGCACUAGAAGGUGGCUACAACCUAAGCAGUAUUAGUUACUGCAUGACUAUGUGUGCCAAGGCUCUUCUGGGCGAUCCUCUACCCUCGCUUGAGUCAGGACUUGUGCCCAACAAGAAUGCUGUGCAAUCCAUAUCUGAUACUAUUAGAACCCAUAAAAAGUACUGGACAGCUCUGUCCUUUCAGGUUGAUCUUCCUGUUGAGGAUGUUCUGUGCCAAGGAUUUGGAGGUGGGGCCCAACCUGUGGAGUCAGGUGCUUCUGGUUCUGAAGUCUCUUCAACUAAUGUGUCUCCUGUCUCCACUCCGUCCACUGCAUCCCCUCCUUAUGUCUCUGCUCCAUCUUCUCCUGAUAAGACUUGGAAGAAUGGAAAUUGUAUGGAGAAUGGAGCAUCUCCACAAUUGGAAUGCAGCUCUGAAAGGACCAAGUUUGAUUCAGAUAAAAUGAACAUAGAUGUUACACCAAUCCCUGAAUUGCAGAGAUCUGUGAGAAGUAGAGUGAAGAGUGAAAAAGCUGCUUCAGCUUCCGUUGCAGAACAAAGAGAUGUAAAAGCCGGAGGAAUGCAGAAGCAGUUUGGUUCAGAGGGAAGUUCAAGGAUGAGCCGAAGAAAAGUUGGGGAUCAAGGUGGCUCAGGGGAGAAUGCUAACCACACAUCGACACCCAUCCGGCCAAGUAGACCAGUAAAAAAUGUAGGCCUUAUGCUCAGAGCUGCUGCAUCGUGUGCCGGAAUUGUGAAAGGAGCAACAGCUAUUGUCUCCAAUGAAAAUACCUGUGAUGCUUGUUAUAAAGCAACCACACUAGAUUCUGGAAGCAUUAAUGGGAUCCUAAAACAAUGCAAAGAAUUGAAACUUUUGCAUGCAUGUACAAUAAUAGAGCCAAGACCAGCUUCUGAGGAGGAAAUUUUGUCAGUCCACACCAGAGAAACACUGGAAGGUCAUGUGCAGAAAGGGACAUGUAGCAAAAGCCCCUGUUCGGGUGACCCUGCAUUGUCUGCAGCUGGGAGCUUUGUAGAGUUGAUUAGUGAAGUGGUACAGGGAAAUGUGCUCAAUGGUUUAGCUCUUGUACAGGUAUCUGAUCAUACCAGUUCAGGUAAUCAGAAAAUUAGCAAUAACUAUAUUGAUAAUUUAGCAGUUGGAACUCAAUAUGCUUUAGAUACUAUUGGGCUACAAAGGGUGCUUAUUGUUAACUGGAAUGCUCAGAAUGGUUAUAAUACUCAAAAUCUUUUUUACAGUGAUCCAAGAGUCUUAAUGUUUUCUGUCAAUCUCACUGAUGAUCAGAGUGCAACCAAAGGGUCAGUUGACAGACGAGGAGAGAACAAGGGCCUUGGUUAUACUUUUGAUUUAAGCCUUAACAGAGAUUCUCAGAGUAAGAAUUUCACCCAAGGAGAUUAUCUCACAAUACUCCACCAGGUCAUCUUGCCCGUGGCCUAUGAAUUUUGCCCAGAGCUGGUUCUCUUAGCAAUUGGUAAUGACUUAGUGCACCAGUCCCCAGCAGUGUCUCCACUCAUUUAUUCACAUAUAACUCAAAUGUUAAUGCCUUUAGCACAAGGCCAUUUAGCUGUGAUGUUAGAGGUUGGAAAUGCCAAGGAAAUAACCAAAGAUAUUGCCACUGCCACAUUGUCAGCACUGCUAGACAAAGCAGUAGAACUUUUGCCAGUAAUUUAUGAAAACACAUCAGAAGUACAAGAUUCAGUUGUUAAUAUGAUAAAUGUACAAGCAGCAACCUGGAAGAGUUUAAAACAACAUGCUCAGAACUCCUGUAUUAAUACAAAGAAACAGGCAAAUGCAUCUUCAACAUUAUUGUGUGAUGAACAGCAAAUUAUUGCUAAAGCAUUUGAAGGUUGUGCAACUAUCCCCACACAUACACUUUGCCUUGCCUAUGAUGAGGGAAUGAUGGAACACUUCAGUUAUGAUGAUGAGACUCACCCUGAAAGGCCAGAGAGAAUUAGUUGCAUCUUCCAGCGGCUGCAAGAAUUUGGCAUUGUUGGCCGCUGCCACCAAGUAAAGACAAGGUUAGCAUCAGCAGCAGAGUUAGAAACUGUCCACAGCCCUAAGCACAUAAAGUUUAUGUCAAGUUUACACAGUAAGAAGCCAAAAGAGUUGCAAGGAAUGCAGAACAGCUUUGAAUCCAUCUUCUUCCAUCGUCAGUCUAAUAAUGCUGCUCUUUUGGCUUCUGGCUCUCUCCUGGAAGUAGUUAACAGUGUUCUAAGAGGUGAAAGUCGCCGUGGACUAGCAGUUAUACGGCCUCCUGGUCACCAUGCUGAGAAGAAUGUACCAUGUGGUUUCUGCAUAUACAACAAUGUAGCAGUGGCUGCCAAACAUGCCAUUGGAGCUCAUGGUUUGAGUCGAGUAUUGAUCGUGGACUGGGAUGUGCAUCACGGCAACGGGAUACAGCACAUGUUUGAAGAUGACCCACAGGUCCUCUAUGUUUCCAUCCACCGUUAUGAUAAUGGCAUGUUCUUCCCAGGCAGUCCUGAUGCCAACUACAAUAGGGCAGGCACCAAGAAAGGAAAAGGAUAUAAUGUUAAUAUCCCAUGGAAUAAGGGUGGUAUGGGUGAUGGAGACUACAUGGCAGCCAUGGCAGAAGUAAUCCUACCAAUUGCAUACCAGUUUAACCCUGAGCUGGUAUUAGUUUCUGCCGGUUUUGAUGCAGCCGUUGGAGACCCAUUAGGAGGCUGCAGAGUUUCCCCUGAAUGCUAUGGCCAUAUGACAAAACUGUUGUCAUGCCUUGCUGGUGGUCGAGUUAUUAUUGCUCUAGAAGGUGGAUACAACUUGAACUCGAUCAGUUACUGUAUGACCAUGUGUGCAAAGGCUCUUUUAGGGGAUCCUCUCAUCCCUCUCAGUCAGGGCCUUGCAGCAUGUCCAAGUGCCUGUGAGACUUUGAGCAAUGUCGUGUCUGUACAUCAGAAGUUCUGGUCAGCAUUAGACUUGAAGAGUAAAGGAAUGUCACCUAGCAGUCGGAAAUCUAAAAAGACCACAAAACAAUCUCCAUCUGUCGAUCUUGUUCAUAGAAGUCCUGAGACCCCAGAUGGGAAAACUGGUCUUGAUGAAUUAACAAGCACCCUCAGCCAAAUGAGUCUGGGCAAAGAAGGGAAAGGAGCCAAAUCUAUGGAAGUUGUUGAUGUGAAGAUGGAAGAGGAGGAUGGAGCUGUAGGAGGCACUUGUGCCACAUCAGACGAAGGCCUUAACACUUUUUUACUCACAGAACUUUCAGGAGCAGAGUCUAUGUAUGCAGUUGUUCCUUUGCAAUGGUGUCCUCACUUGGAGUCAGUGAACCCUGUGCCAAACAAUAGCUUGGAUGCCUUCAGUCCAUGUGAAGAGUGCAAAGACUUGGCAGAAAAUUGGGUUUGUCUCACCUGCUACAAGGUUAUGUGUGGACGAUUUGUAAAUGAGCAUAUGCUGAUGCAUGGUGUAACACAAGAACAUUACAUGGUGCUAAGUUAUGCUGACUUGUCUGUUUGGUGCUAUUCAUGUGACUCCUAUAUACAUCAUGAGAUCUUACAGGAAGCAAAACGGGCAGCUCACAUUAGCAAAUUUGGAGAGGAUAUCCCAGGCUCAUAGUGAAAUUACUUGUAUAUCAGACAGAGAAUGAAUGUGAAAAAUUGAGAUGAAAAUCGGUCUUUUUUAAUAUUGUAUUCAGAGAAAACUAUAGUGCAGUUAUUGAAUAUUUAUUGUAUGCAACAUAAGUGCAAUGAAUAUUUAGUUACCAAAUACAGGAAUGGUACUUUGAACAGCCAUCCAUGUGCCAACAUUUCUUUAAAAGGAAAGAUCCACAAAGCAUGUGUUGGAACAGCUGCUUUGAAAACUUACUAACCCAAAGCUUUACCUCAUUUUUAAUCAUGCUAAGAAUAAUAAUGAUAAUACAAUAAUGAUAAUAAUAAUAUGGUUCAGUUUACUCCAGUACCAAAGGUCUUCAGUUAUGUAAGAAUGCCAAAGUCAUCUUUCUUUUUUUUUUUUUUUUUUUUUUUACACUACUCACAUAUUUUUUAUUGGUCUUCUCUUCCUUAUUACCCCCUACCCUUUCUCUCCUGAAUACACAAGGUUAAUCCACACUAAAACUACUUUUCUGCAAAGUUAAUCCACUUUCAAACCACUUAUUUUUCUACAUUUUAGUUGCUCACAUUCAUAUGAACCUAACUAGUGUUGAACAUAUAAUGGAUUUUGGUGAUUACGGUUAUGAAUAUUAUUAUAGCAGAGUACAUGUGUUCAAGAUUCAUAAUUAUUAAGGUGUACUUCACGAUACUUUUUAGUUCAAGUUUAGAUGUAAGAUGCUUUAUUACAUGAAUGUCCAAGGGUUUUUUUUUUUUUUUUUUUUUUUCACAGAAGUGCCAGGUUAGGCUGUGUGACUUAAGCAGAGAUAUUUCUUUAUGUAGAGGUUGGUUUAGUUUUGAACGCUAAAUUGAAAUAAUUUUCCGUCUUGUUUUGGUUGUACUGUAGCUUUAAAUGUAUUUAUUCAUAGUAUUAUUUUCUUGUAAUUACCAUUCAAAAAAAAUAAUAUUCUAAUAUAUUGCAUAAGUAACUUGGUUAGAGGUGGCCUUGAUAAAGAUGUAAGGAAUUAGUUUGGAGUUUUAUAAAUUUUAUAUGGUGAAAUUUAUAUUAGGUAAUGGAUGUAAAUGCUCAGAGUUUACUUAUGUUUAUAAAAUACCUGUUUUCCUUAUAGCUUUACAUAUAAAAAAUGGGUGUCUCACAAGCACAUGCCUAGACACAUCCGCACCCAAGCACAUGCACAAGCAUGCUCACGCACAAGCACAUGUACACAUGUACACAUGUCAACCCCACAUGUGCAUACAUACACACACGCUCGCACACAUGCGCACGCACAUGCAUAUACACAUACAUAUACAUAUACACAGUAUGUGUAUUUCUGUUUUUCAAAUCGGUACUUACAACCAGGAAAAUACUAUGAAGCUUUGGUCCACAUAACGAAAUACCUGUUUCUUAGUUUUGCAAGUUUUUAAGACAACAAUUAACUUUCACCUGAGUUUAAGAAGAGUGAUUAUUGCAGUUAACACAAUUAUAUGAACAUGAAAUACUCCAGAUAAACUUAGUGAAAUUUAUAUGUUAAAUAAAUAUAUUAGUCUUGAUGAAGACCUAAAUAGGUAUGCACAUCAUGGUACAUAACAAAAAACAGAUCAGUUUUCACUGCUAACCAGAAGCCUGCCUGCUACAUUUAAUUCACUUUACAAUCAGUAAUUACACAGGCCGGUGCAUAUUUCUAAUGAUUCACUCAUCAUAUUAAUUGCAUGUCUUAUAUUUUUAAGAAAUAUUCUGCCCAACUAAUAUCUCCCAGAUUAGAUCUUCAAAGUGCAGCUUUUAGUGCAAGUGAUAUUAAACAUGUAUUUUUUUUUUUUUGCUGAGGACUAUCCCUGGUGACAGUUUUAAACUUGGGCACUGAAAAAUAGUAAUUUAAAGUCCUCCAGUAACGAAAAAAUACAAAGUAUUUACAAAAAUAUACUUGUAUGAUGGCUUAUUCAAAACAUGAUGCCAUUGCUAAAUUUAGCAAAGAUUAUGUUUGAUAUAUAUAUAUAUAUACGUAGGUAGAAGAACCAAAAUAUUUUAUUAAGUUCUGUCAAGCUUUUCAUGUUACAAUAUUAACUGUGAUAUGAACCACAAUCAUAAAGAGGCUCACUUUUUAAUUGCUAUAAUGUUGUGCACUAUUUUCUUUGUUUUUCAUCUCAAAAGAAACAAAAGUUUAUUUUUAAAGUAUUUUCAUGGAAAAUAAUUCCAUUGGCAUAUGCACAUGCUUCAAAGAGGUUUUGUUCAGAAAGUGUGAGAAAAAAAAAGGUGUUUACUGCUAGCAGCCUCAAACAUUGUGAUCAGUAAUAUGAUAGGUUCAACCCAUUUCACUAGUGUAGUGACAUAUUGCCUUGCUAUAAAUUAAAUUAGGUUAAUGCAUCAAUGCCUUUGCAAAAUACCUAGUCUAUAAAAUGGUCUUGAAUGAAUGGAGCUUUGAUUUACUGAAAAUACUGCAAAUAUGGCCUUCUUUGGACAUUUUUGUAGCACUAUUUAGUUGCACACUUUUUAAAUAUGAUAAGUAGGCAUUAAUGUAAAAUUACCCAAAAAAAAAAAAAAAAAAAAAAAAUUAAGGUCAGGCAGUUUAAAAACUCAUGAUAAUUUUCCUCAAGCAAAUACAUGGCUCAACUUAUUUUGUAACCAAACUACAGCAUAACCAAAGUGCAAAAUUAAUCAGCAUUUUAAGUCACAUUUUCUCAGGAUUCCUUUUUUAUAUGCUUUUCUGAUAAUUUACUCAUCUGUUGGUAAAGGAAAGUUCAUUGAUGUUAUUGGUAAUGAAAACCUUGAUUUUAAUGAAAACAAACAUACAGUUAUCAUAUUUAUUUCUUCCUCUUUUACAUACCUUCUGUUUCACAUAUCAUUUCACAGUUCGCAUCAAAAAAGUCAAUAAAAAUUGAAACCACAAAAUACAAGCGUAUAUAGCUGUGAUAGGUGUCAUUGGUGUAAAUAAAUUAUUUGUUUGCCAAACUGGUGUUUAUAUAAUAAAAGUGACAAAAUCAUACGAUACAGUAAGUAUAUUUUUACUAUAUCAGACAAAAGAAAAAAAUACCAAUAGAAGUCUUCCCCUACUCUUGCGCUUACUCACUGAUUACUAAUAAUGUACAUUUAAAUCUUUCCAAAUAGUAUAAAAUGAUCAAUUUGAUUAUCACUGAUUAAUCUGUAAGGGAAAUAGACUUGUAUCAGUGCCUGUUCAGUGACCAAAUAAAAUUAUUAUGGCUUAACCUUGCUGAAAGUUUCCAUAAAAAAAUAAAGUAAAUCUAGUCUCUUUCCAAUCUGCCAGUAACCAAAACAGUGUCAUAUAGGUAUAUAUAUAUAUAUAUAUAUAUACAUACCCUUUACUACUAUUUACUUUGUUCUAAAUGUUACCAAGAAUCAGCUUUAUUUUUGGACUAUCAAUACCUAAAAGCACACUUUUACCAAAUUUUCCUUUGUACUCUUACAAAUUAUUUUCAGGAAUUGCAUUUAACUUUUUAUUACUUAUAUAUGAAUCAAACUCAAGAUUGACAUCUGGCUGGUGUUUAGAUUGGAAAGACUAUUUUGUCAACUGUCCUCUCUUUAUAAACACUUAUAUUACAAAAUGAUGAUUAGUACUUUUUUUUACACUAAAAUUGGAUAUGCAUUUGUAUGCAAAAUUGUAUUAAAAUGUGGUAAUAUUACAUAAAAGAAAAAAAUAUAGAACAUUUCACAUACAGAGAUAAGUGAAAGUAUAUGUAUCUUUCACCAUAAUACUUUUACCACCACACCUCUUGUAAUGGGCAUUGUCUGUUGAACCUUUAUUUGAAAUCUCUCUUGAACACAACUGCUCAAAUUUCUAAACACUAUCAUUUUCAUAGACAUCCCUGUACAAGCUUUCACUGUAAUAACAAGUACAUGGGUUCCCCAAGCAAACUUCACAAACAAAGCCGACAAUAUGAUAUAGGAAUGCUAAAAAUCUUGCUGUUAAAAAUAGUGAAAUAUGCACCACCACUUCCUAGAAUAUCAGGUUUUAUUGCUUAUGGAAACCUAAAGGAAAUAUCUCAAUUUUCAUAUUGUACAAGUUUGCAUCAUCUUAAAAAAGAAAAAAAAAAUUGGGAAUCUAUGUAAAAUCAGUAAAUUAGGUUUCAUUAUAAGAGGUAUGAUGGUAGGCAAAACUUGGAUAUUUAAUUUGUUCCUCUGCCUUAGUUUUUUUUCCCUCUCUCAGCUUAUUAUUAGAAUCACUGUAUUUUAAUUUGAAUAAAGACUUGCCUGAGACA